AUGGCUUCAAAAGUUACAACUAGUAAUAAAACACGAAUUCAUAUUAUCUACUAUUCAAUGUAUGGUCAUAUUGCAACAUUGGCUAAAUCUAUAUUAAAAGGUGUUGAAGCCGCUGGUGCUGAAGCUCGUUUAAUUCAAGUACCAGAAACAUUAUCAAAAGAAGUUCUAACAAAAAUGCAUGCACCAGAAAAAGAUAAAACUGUUCCAACAAUAUCAUUCGCACCUGGUACUGAAAAUACCGUUACACUGGAAGAUGCAUUAGUUAAUUGUGAUGGUAUUCUAUUUGGUUAUCCAACUCGUUUUGGUGGAAUGCCUGCACAAGUUAAAGCUAUAUGGGAUGCAACAGGUGGAUUAUGGAUGAAAGGUUCACUUGUUGGAAAACCAAUUGGUGUAUUCUUUUCAACUGGUACUCAAGCUGGAGGACAAGAAACAACAACAUUAACAUCAUUAACAAAUUUUAUUCAUCAUGGAAUGUUAUUUGUACCAAUUGGUUAUACAAGUCCACUUUUAGCUAAUAUGGAUGAAAUUCAUGGUGGUAGUGCAUAUGGUGCUGGUACUUAUGCUGGUAGUGAUGGAUCACGAAAACCAACCGAUUUAGAAUUAAAAAUAGCUGAACAUCAAGGAUCAUAUUUUACUCAAGUAGCAACUGCAUUGAAAAUAGGUCGUGCAGCAUUACCACCUAAAGAAGCAAAUCCACCUGAUCCAAAACAAUAA